GACUCGCGCUAUUCCUGUCUACUUUCGUAUUUUGACAGUUCCUCAGGAGUGACACCGAUCGUCAAGAAACUUCCAAGUUAUAUUCAAGGAAAGUGGACUAAUGAAGUAGUGGCCUACAUGACUAUGAAUUAAGUGUCAUAUCCGCCUUUCAGGGUUUUCGCAAGAUUCAUCCGGGGGCAAGCAAAGAUCAGGAAUAAUCCUUCUUUUGCUUAUGACAACAAAACAGACACACUGAGAAGGAAGCCAGAGAAAGUGUCCACGAAGAAAACAGACUGUGUGCAGAUGGGCGAUGUUUCAGUUAGAAAGUGUCCACUUCAUGGGACACAUCAUUCCUUGAAUAAAUGCAGAGCAUUCAGACAUAAGUCAUUGGAUGAAAGGAGGAAAUUUCUGAAAGAGAAAAAUAUAUGCUUCAAAUGUUGUGAUUCUCAUUCUCAUAAGCGAAGAGACUGUACUGCUCAAGUGAAAUGCGAGGACUGUGAUAGCACAAAUCACCCAUCAGCUCUACAUGUUUUUGUUCGUAACACAAGAAAUCAUGGUGGGGAGAUGCGAAAUGAUGGAAGACGCAAUGACGGGGAGACACAGCAUAACAGUGUAGGCUCCAUGUGCACACAGAUUUGUGGAGGACAAUUUAAUGGGAAAUCUUGCUCUAAGACUUUGUUGGUGAAAGUAUUUCCAACGGAAGACCCUCGACAAGCCAUAACUAUGUAUGCUGUCAUAGACGAUCAGUCGAAUCGUUCUUUGGUCAGUCCUAUAUUUUUUGACCUGUUCAGGUUACAAGCUGACUCAACAGUUUACACACUCUCAUCAUGUGGAGGCACAAUUCGUACUACUGGAAGAAAAGCCAGUGGAUUUGUGGUGGAAUCAUUGGACGGUAGCUGUUCCCUUGAUCUCCCGACACUUAUAGAGUGUGAAAACGUACCCAAUGUGAGAGAGGAGAUUCCGACUCCAGACGUGGCUCAACAUUACAGUCAUUUGAGGAAUAUAUCUAGCUUCAUCCCUUCAUUAGACCCAAAAGCUGAAAUACUAUUGUUGCUUGGUAGAGAUAUAGUAGAAGCACAUCAUGUUGUAGAUCAACGAAUUGGUGGAAGAAAUCAACCGUAUGGACAGAAAUUACGCUUGGGUUGGACAAUUAUUGGAGAAACCUGUCUUGGCAAGACUCAUGUACCAAGAUCAAUCAAUAUGUACAAAACUCAUAUCCUGGGAUCUGGUCGUGCGUCAAUGAUGCCACCUUGCACCAACGAAUUCAAGAUUAGAGAAGAAAUCAAUCACGUCCCAUAUGGUGUGAACUCAACAGAUGCUUUAACUUGUGAGAGCGAUAAUUUCGGCAAGGAUGUUUUCCGAAGAACCAAAGACGAUGAGAAACCUGGGUUGUCAGUUGAUGAUUACCAGUUUCUUAACAUUAUGGAUGAUGGUUUUCAAAGAGAUGCAAAUGGUAAUUGGAUCGCUCCACUCCCAUUUCGCCAUCCGCGACCACGACUCCCUAAUAACAGAAGUGUUGCAUUGAGACGAGCAAAGUUGCUGGAAGCUUCACUAAGAAGAAACCCUUUGAAACAAGAACAUUUUCUCACCUUUAUGGAGGGCAUUCUGAGAAAUGGACAUGCUGAGUUAGCACCACAAUUGUCACAUGAUGAGGAAUGCUGGUUCUUACCGAUAUUUGGUGUGUAUCACCCAAAGAAACCAGAUCAAGUGCGAGGAGUCUUUGAUUCAUCAGCGAAACACGAAGGAUUCUCACUCAAUGAUGUCUUGUUAUCGGGUCCUGAUCUCACAAACAGCCUUCUUGGAGUUCUAAUGCGUUUUCGGAGGGAACCUGUUGCAGUGAUGGCAGAUGUACAGCAGAUGUUUUACUGCUUUAAAGUGAACGAAAAUCAUCGCAAUUUUCUACGAUUUUUCUGGUUCAAAGACAAUAAUCCUAACAACCCAAUGGUUGAAUACAGGAUGACCGUCCAUGUAUUUGGCAAUCGGCCAUCGCCGGCAGUAGGGACUUACGGGAUUCGUAGAACAGCACUGAAUGCGAAAACAGAAUUUGGACAAGACGUUAGAGAUUUUGUGAUGGACAAUUUCUAUGUAGACGAUGGACUUAUGUCGCUACCUACGGCAUCCGAAUCUACAAGUUUGAUAAGGCGAACACAGAAAGCUUUACUGGUUGAAGGCAAUAUGCGGCUGCAUAAGAUUUCUUCGAACAGCGAGGAAGUUUUGGGUUCGUUUCCAACAGAAGAUCUUGCCAAAGAUAUGAAAGAUCUAGAGUUCGGGAAGGACCUGCUCCCAAUGCAACGGAGUCUUGGUCUUAAUUGGAAUUUGGAUGAUGACAUUUUUUUCUUUGAGGUGACGUCAAAGAAUACAGCAUGCUCUAGAAGAGGAAUUCUUUCCUGUGUGAAUAGUAUAUUUGAUCCCCUGGGAUUCCUUGCACCUGUUGUCAUAGAGGGAAAGAAUAUUUUGAGGACUCUUGUUCAAAGCACUAUUGACUGGGAUACGCCACUCUCAUUAGACCAAAUAGAAGUUUGGGAGCGUUGGAAAAACCCUUUAGUUCAUUUGGGAAAUUUGAAGAUUCCUCGGACAUAUGCACCUAUGUCUUUGGAAAACUGUGUUCACAGAUCAGUCCACGUUUUUUGUGAUGCCUCAGAAAUGACCAUUGCUGCAGUUGGUUACAUCAAAAUGGCGUCUCACAACAAUGAUCAAGUAGGAUUUGUUCUAGAAAAAUCGAAACUCGCUCCAACGCAUGGACACUUAAUUCCAAGACUGGAGCUAUGUGCGGCAAUAUUGGCAGUAGAAGUUGGUUGUUCUAUAGCAGAUCACUUAUUGUUACCUAUCGAGGAGUUCAACUUCUAUUCUGACAGUAAAGUAGUGUUAGAGUAUAUUUUCAACACUACACGCCGAUUCUAUACAUAUGUCACAAAUCGUGUCUCAUUCAUCCGGAAGAUGACAAAACCGAAACAGUGGAAAAUCGUAUCCACCGAAUAUAACCCUGCUGAUCAAGCUACCCGUGCACUACCAUCUCAUCAACUGAAAGACAGUGCAUGGUUGAAUGGACCUCCUCAUCUCGCUAAGCAUGAUCAGAAAGAUGUUCGAGAAUUUACCAUGGUGGACCCUGAUGCAGACAAGGAAGUGAGAACAACUGUGACUUGCUUCAAGAGUAACACUAACACAAAGACAUUAGGAUCUCAUUACUUCCCAAAGUUUUCGACUUGGAAAAGUCUUGUGAGAACAUUUGUGCUGCUCAGACACAUUGCAAAGUCUAUUGCUAGGCGAACAGACUGUAGAGGGUGGCAUUAUUGUUCAGAGUCAAACACUGUGGAAAAUUUUCAAAAGGAGGAGAAAUUUAUAAUAAAGACUGUCCAGAGAGAGUAUUAUCCAGAAGAGGUUUGUCACUUGACACAGAAGAAACCAUUACCUCCUUCAAGUUCAUUGCUCUCUUUAGAUGUGUUCCUAGAUUCCGAUGGAAUAUUACGAGUAGGAGGAAGAUUAAAUAAGAGUGGCAUGCCUCGACAAGAAGUCAAUCCUAUUCUGAUAUCGGGGAAGCAUCACUUAGGAAUCCUACUCGUUCGCCAUUUUCACAACAUAGCCAAGCAUCAAGGUAAAAAUAUCACCUCUGCUACAAUUAGGAUUGCAGGAUUUUGGAUUACCGGUUGUAAGCGUUUAGUAUCGUCUGUCCUCUACAAGUGCGUAAAAUGCAGGAAGCUAUGUGGCAAAUUUGCUUAUCAGAAGAUGGCCGACUUGCCCCCUGACCGGUUGGAACCAGGACCGCCCUUCACCUAUAUCGGUAUAGAUACCUUUGGACCAUGGGAAGUGGUGACACGCAGAACACGAGGUGGUGUGGCAAAUUCGAAACGUUGGGGUAUCCUUUUCACUUGCUUGGUAUGUAGAGGAGUUCACGUAGAAGUAGUAGAGGAGAUGACCUCUUCAUCCUUUGUCAAUGCCUUCAAGCGCUUUGUCGCCAUCAGAGGAAAUGUCAAACAGGUGCGUUCAGACAGAGGUACCAAUUUUGUGGGUGCUACUGACAGUUUGAUGAUCGAUGCAGUGAAUGUUGAAGAUGGGCCGGUAAAAAACUAUUUGUUUAACUCUGGAACUGUGUGGCUUUUCAAUCCACCACACUCCUCCCAUUUUGGAGGCGUUUGGGAACGUCUCAUUGGAGUUACUAGGAGAGUAUUUGACUCUAUGAUGAUGGAUAUUCCAAAAGGAGGUUUGAUUCACGAGGUUCUUACUACAUUCUUAGCCGAAGCUUGUGCUAUUGUGAACAAUAGACCUCUUGUAUCUGUCUCGUCAGAUCCAGAAGACCCAACACCUUUGUCUCCUUCACUGAUACUCACUCACAAGCCUGAUGCCACGGUCACCAAUGUACCUGUCUAAGGGAAGGAACUUUAUCGCUCUCAGUGGAAAAGGGUUCAGCAUUUAUUGAACACCUUUUGGAAAAGAUGGAGAACGCAGUACUUGCAAACAUUGCAAAACUUCAGAAAGUGGAAAACUGAACAAAGAAAUUUAGCCGUCGAUGAUGUAGUUCUUUUGAAGGACCAUACAGAGGUUCGCAACAGUUGGUCGAUGGGACGUGUGACAAAGGUGUUCCCAAGCAGCGAUGGAAGAGUUCGUAAAGUUGAAGUGAUGGUGUACCGUGAGGGACAUUAUUCGUUCUUUGUGAGACCUGUGAAUGAACUUGUGGUUCUUGUAUCCGAGGAGUGAUGUGUUCUAUGACUGUCGAAUACUGUUUGAUUCAAUGAACUCUAUUCAUAUUUUCAGAUAAAUAAGCGUUACGCAUUUGUGUAUAUAUGUUCCUUAAUAGUGAUGUUAAAUAACAUCAGGCAGGGAGUGUUAUGCCCCACACUAUGGUAAUUUGGUAAUUUUCCAUUUUUAUCUGUUCAGGAGUUAUUGUUCUUUUCAAUUAUUGCAAAGUUUUAUUUAGAGUUAUCUCCCUUUAACGUACAUUGCAGCCAUCUUGUGUUUUUCAACAUCUCUAUAAUUUGUGGCCUACUACAAUGUAAGUAGCUAUGCAUUAUAUUUGUGCAUUUGUAGAAUUGUUUUUACAAUAUUUGAAUGUUGUUCCCAUCGUUAAUUUCAUUGAGAUAUUUUAUAUAACUUUAAAUUUAACAGACAUUUCUACGGCACGUGUCUUGGGUAGAUAUUGUAGUCCCUAUGAGCUGGAACAAUUUAUUUUAGGCUUUGUGCAGUUAAUUUAUAGUAAUGUUUGCAAUCUAUGUGAAUUAUAUAUGUAGUUAAUGACAUAUUUCCUGCAAUUUUGUUGAUAAGUAUUUAUAUAAAGUAAACCCCUAUUUGUCAGAAAAAGUUAUGGAAAGCACUUGGUGUCAUUAUGUAUUUUUCUUGAAUUUUUCUAAUGUAUGGUGUGCCAUUAUAGAUAUUAUUCCAAAAUGUAAUUUCAUUCUUUGUACUUUUACAGCCUUUUACCACACUCACACACACAUCUACUCAGCCUCAUCUUCAUGUAUUAUGGAAUACAUCACUGGGAGAAAUAAAUAUUCAGAAUUUGUAUUGGAGUAACUGUGUACUUGGUGAAUGGUUAUACUACUGCCUCCGGGGCAGAACAAUUUGCACUAUUGCGAAAAUAUGCGAGUUUUUCCGAAAUCUAGAUCACCUCGACUCUUGAUUGCAAUGCGUAUUCCAAGUAUAUUCAUGAUCAAGACAAGUUACGUCCCUUUUCUGAAGUGAAAGUAGAAUUUCGUGAGUGGUGAUUUGGAUAUUUUGAGCUGGUUUAAGUCUUUAAAUCAACUAGAAUUUUCCAUUUGAUACUUAAGUGUUUGUCGGAGACCGUUAUGCUCUCGAUGGGUAGCUUUCAAUGAUGAUGUAUCAGUGGAUUUACAUUGCGAUCGUGAUUACAACAGGGAGAACUUGUAUGCAAAAACUUCUGAGAAGAUUAGCCGAAAAAGAAACGCACAGGUGGCAUUAAAUGUGUCCAAUGCUGUUGUCAUAACAAUUCAGAUCCCUCUGACAGUCAGGGGUGCAGAUUCAAGAUUGGAUGUUCUAAAUGAAAUUAAGACAGAAAUAUUUUCUGUGAGGAAUGUAUAAGACUCAGCAUCAUCAUUAUGACAACACAGUUGUGGGUCAUUAAAAUUUAAGUGGAUCGAACAUGGCUGGAACUUGUUUAAAGAUUGUUCAACUGGAAUGUGUCCACUGAGAAAACCACAGAGGCUGAAACUGUUGGAGAAUAUCUGACAACCUGUUUUUGAAUUUCUCAUCCCCUUUCAUGGAAGGAACUGUACUCAACUGAACAAUGCAACUGUACAUGUCCAUAGUUUACAGAGAAAUACUGAUAUACAUGCAAAAACAAAUAUAGUGUGUUAGUCAUUGUUUACAAACUCGUUUUUAGAUAAAGCUUGAAAAUAUGAUUGAAGAUUGUGUAAUUUAUUUUCUGGACUGACUGAGAGCUUCACAGAUUGCAAUUUAAAACGUACAAUUUUAAUCUAAUAGAAAACAAUCAGGAUAAGUCUGACAGAAACAGGACAACUUUAAAUUGAUAUUCUUAAUAUAACCAAGAUAGACACAAAAUUUGCUUUUAAAAACAAAAUAAUACCCCACCCCCACCCCGAAUUGGAAGUUGGGCAGUAUUUUUUGUAAUGCAUGCAUCUUAUAAGUCAUUCAUCUACAUGUAUGACACAUAAACCCAUAUUAUAAUUUUGAUACAAAACCAAAACCUGUUUUUAACAAUAGCAAUCCCCCAACCCUGUAAAUUGUGUUG